CCAUUCGUGUCAUAUCAGCGUUCCACAGUGUCUGUGAAGAAUGGAUACCUCCGUAUUGUUCCAAAGCUUCAGCAAAACCAGCCAGGUUUUACCCACUCCAGCAUGUUUGAUGCCUUGGAUUUAUAUAAAGGAUGCACAUCAGGGCAAUCCAGUUCAUGCUACGUAGAAGCCAGUGAUGGUUCUUCAGUUAUCCCGCCUGUGAUUGGUGGCCGUAUUAUCGGUAGAUCAAGCUUUGCCUUCACUUAUGGCACUGUCAGCGUUCGGGCCAAAUUGCCUAAAGGAGACUGGAUUUACCCAGAGAUAUUAUUGGAAUCAUUCUCAAAGAAGUUUGUCUACGGAACAAAGAAUUCUGGAAUGUUGAAGAUAGCGUGCGCCCGAGGCAAUAAAGAGCUAAAGAAAGGAUCCACCGAGUACGGCAACAAGGUGCUGUACAGCGGCCCCGUUAUCGACACAAAGUGUCACGACUCACUGCUGGUCACCAAAAACGCAGACAAGUUUUGGGGUGAUGAUUUCCAUGUGUAUUCUCUUAAGUGGACACCAGAUAAUUUGAUUUUAUCGGUGGACGGCGAAGAGUACGCACGCGUGGACCCUGGCAGCGAAGGUUUGCGCGCGCGUCUUCCAAAGACCUGCGCUGGACCACACGAAUCAGGGAUGGCCCCGUUUGAUGACCAUUUCUACAUAACCCUAGGGUUGGCAGCAGGUGGUCACUCGGAAUUCCCUGACGCGUGCGUUACGAAGGACAAUCACCAAAAACCGUGGAAAAACCAGGCGUCGAAGGCAACCUUGAACUUCUGGAACGACAUCGACGCGUGGCAAGAUACGUGGGAUCGACCGGAGAUGUUGAUUGACUAUGUGAAAGUAGUCGCAUUGUAAACAUAAUU